UAAUCCCAAUAACCCUCGCCUCUCGUUCUCUACUGCCUCCGCUCUCCUUCGUCCAACCAAACCCACCGAAGCCAGCCGCCUCUCCUUCGCUCCGACUGUGGAGGUCGCGGUCGUGCUCCCCUCUCCUUCGCUUCGGGUAGGAGUGAGGAAGUAGCGGCCGCAGCGAGGUGAAGAAGACAUUGACGUGACAAGCGGCGUGGGAAGGAGAAGAAGAUUUCAACGGAGAAGAAGAGAAAAUGGCAGAUGUGGUCAAGGAUUUAACUUCUGGUACUAUGGGAGGUGCAGCACAAUUGAUUGUUGGGCACCCUUUUGACACAGUAAAAGUAAAGCUCCAAAGCCAGCCAGCCCCACUUCCCGGACAAGUGCUCAAGUUUUCUGGAGCAAUGGAUGCUGUUAAGCAGACAAUUGCAGCAGAAGGCCCAAGAGGUUUAUACAAAGGGAUGGGAGCUCCUCUUGCCACUGUUGCAGCUUUCAACGCCGUCUUGUUUACCGUGAGAGGACAAAUGGAGGCUUUACUGAGGUCUGAAUCUGGCGUCCCUCUCACAGUUCAGCAGCAGAUCAUAUGUGGCGCUGGUGCUGGAGUUGCAGUUUCAAUUCUAGCUUGCCCAACGGAACUAAUUAAGUGCAGAUUGCAGGCACAGAGUGCUUUAUCAUCCACAUCUGCUACAGGCCACGUUAAAUAUGGCGGACCCAUGGACGUGGCAAGGCAUGUUCUGAGAUCCGAAGGUGGUCUGAGAGGCUUAUUCAAAGGUGUGGUUCCUACCUUAGCACGAGAGGUCCCCGGAAACGCUAUCAUGUUUGGCGUCUAUGAAGCCCUCAAGAAGAGCAUGGCCGGCGGCCCGGACACCUCAGGGCUCGGUCGUGGUUCGCUGAUGGUGGCCGGAGGAUUGGCCGGAGCAUCUUUCUGGGCUUUAGUUUAUCCGACGGAUGUCAUUAAGAGUGUGAUACAGGUUGAUGACUAUCGAAACCCGAAGUUUUCUGGAUCUAUUGACGCCUUCAAGAAGAUUUUGGCUACGGAAGGUGUCAAAGGAUUGUACAAAGGGUUUGGUCCUGCUAUGGCUAGAAGUGUUCCUGCCAAUGCUGCUUGUUUCUUGGCGUAUGAGAUUACCAAAUCAAGCUUUGGUUAGAGAGAAUAGGGUUGGAAUUUUGUUAGAUUAUCUUCAUUUGAUAGUGAGUUCGUUUUGAUUUGAAUCAUAAGAAUAAGUUUUAUGUAAUUUUUAAGAUUAAAGCUGCAUUUAUUAACCCAAUUUGUGCAAACAUUUGAUUUGUUGAUGGACCUAUUCUUUGGAGUUC